AUGAGCUCUAGGUCUGAUAGAGCGAACCGUUUGAAGCAGCUUAGAGAAGCCAAGCUUGGCAAGGGUAAAAAGCAGCACAAGGCAGACGACGAUAUUUACGACGAAGUGGAGGAGGAUUACGCCCAACAAGACGAGGAUUUCGUAGAAGAUGACGACAAUGCAGGCUACAUUUACAAUGGCGUGGAUGAUCAGCAUUUCUCUGACGAGUACGAAACUGAGGCAAAUCAAGGUAAAAGAAAGAGAAAGGGCAAAAAGAAGGACAAUGCCAAGAAGGAAAAGGAAUCUGUCAUUGCUAAGCCUAGUCAACAAAUCAAUCGAUUUUUUAACAAUUCUGCAUUGAAAGCUGCUGUGAAGCCUAAACCAGCUCCUAUUGAUGAGGACGAGUCAAAUGAUUUCAUGGCAGAACUUUUGGCAGACUUUGGUUCUAAACCAACAGCACCAAAACCGUUGGAAAAGAGAGCUUUUGGCAGCAAACCCAAAGCCAAAACCUUCAACCCUUCCAACUUUAGUCUUUCAAGAUUAGCACAAAGAGACAACGGUGCUUCUGAUAUCUUUGUCAAGAAAGAAGUUCAAUACAAGACUGUCGGUUCAGCGUCGUCGUUGAUGCCACCUCCAGCAACUCCUAUCAAAACGGCUACUAAGCAUGUCAAACUAGAACAACAGGGCCAAGACAAUAUGGACACAUUUGACGAGGAUUAUGGAGCCUUUGAUAUUACUGACGAUAUGGACAUGAUGGACGAGCAGUUCCUGAAAAAGGAAGUCGACAAUUUGAGCAUAAACGAGACACCUGUCAAACCCAACUUUACCACGACCGACAAAUCUGCACCACGUCUUGAUCUGCAAAGCUGGGAGGCAGCUGACGCGGGCAUGGUGGAUACAUUCAACCAAGAUGUUGUUCGCGAAGAAACACAAAACAUGAAUAUUUUCGAACAAAAUGGACAUUUGCACAUGUGGUGGUAUGAUGCUUAUGAGCGUAAAGAAAAGGGCUACGUGUAUUUGUUUGGUAAGGUGCUCAACAAAGGCACCAACAAGUAUGUCAGUUGCUGUGUCACUGUCAAGAAUAUCGAGAGAAAUCUGUUUGUUUUGCCUCGCAAGCAUCAAUUGGAUGACAAGGGACAGGAGACCAAUACAUUGGUGGACAUGUCUGAUGUCUAUACUGAAAUUGGCGAUCUCUGCUCUCAAAAGCGAAUUACGAAAUUCGCCGUCAAAGAGGUGUCUAGGAAAUACGCAUUCGAGUUGCCUGAUGUGCCUGCAGAGGCCGAUUACUUGAAGGUGUUGUACGGUUAUGAGCAGCCUGCAUUUACUGGCGAGGAAAAGGGUAAAACGUUCAGUCGUAUCUUUGGUGCCAAUACAGGUCCAUUGGAGCACUUUUUAGUGAAGCGUGAUGUGAUGGGUCCUUGUUGGCUGGACAUUGCUGAUGCAAAGAUGAGUAGUACUAGUGAAACAUGGUGCAAGACAGAGAUAUCAGUCGAGGAUCCCAAGAAAGUAAAUCCAUUAGUAGAUGAUGAAGGCAAUCGACCUACCCAUGUCCCACCGCUUGUUGUCAUGUCUCUCUGUCUGAGAACCAUCAUGAACGAAAAGAAGAACGUCAAUGAAAUUGUAGCUGCUGGUGCUCUCAUUUGUGACCAAGUGCAAAUUGACGAUACCGUACCUAUUGAAAAGAUGAGCAAAGCAAGAUUCACUGCAGUGCGUCAACUGGAUGGUAAACCUUAUCCUGCCAACUUUUCCGACAUGGUGGCAGCUGAAAGACAAAAGGACAAUGGUCUGCAAAUUCAAGUAGACAGAACAGAGGCUGCCAUGUUGAAUUUCUUACUUGCGAAAAUCUCCAUGUAUGAUCCUGAUAUCAUUGUCGGUCACAACUUUGCUGGUUUCGAUCUCGAUGUAUUGCUUCACCGUAUGAAGGCGUUGAACGUUCAGCAUUGGCAUAAAUUGGGUAGACUCAAGCGUAAGAACUGGCCUAAACUUCAAGCGGGUGCUGGUGGUGCUGGUGAAUCUACUUUCCAAGAGAGACUCAUCAUGAGUGGCCGUCUUGUCUGCGACACUUAUUUGGCAUCCAAGGAUCUGAUCAAGAGCAAGUCUUACCGUAUGACAGAUCUCGCUCAAUCACAACUCAAAAUCCACCGUGAGGACAUUGAGUUUGGCAAAUCAGCACAGUACUUUGACAGUUCAGAAACACUACUUCACCUGCUAAGACACUGUGCUUUUGACGCCUUUUUGGCCUCCGCACUCAUGAUCAAGCUGCAAAUCUUGCCCCUGACACAUCAAUUGACGAAUUUAGCUGGUAAUCUGUGGUCCAGAACAAUGACAGGUGCCAGAGCUGAGCGUAACGAGUUCUUAUUGCUGCAUGAAUUCCACAAAGCGAAAUACAUUUGCCCUGAAAAGUCAUUCGGUGGACCCAAGACAGCCGUGGUGCAAGCAGCCGAGCAAGAUGGAGACGAAGAUGCGGUUGCCAUGGCAUCCAGCUCCAAGAAGAAGGCAGGUGGCAGAAGAAAACCUGCAUAUUCUGGUGGUUUGGUUUUAGAGCCCAAGAAGGGAUUCUACGAUAAAUACGUCUUACUGCUCGAUUUCAACAGUUUGUAUCCAUCCAUCAUGCAAGAAUACAAUGUCUGUUUCACUACCGUCAACCGCAGAACAUUUACAGAGGGAAAGGAGGAGGACGGCGAGGAAAAGGUGCCUGAAGUGCCUGAUGAAGCAUUGCCUCAGGGCAUCCUGCCGCGAUUGAUCAAGACUUUGGUGGACCGUCGUAGGCAAGUCAAGGGUCUCAUGAAAGACAAUGUUUCUGAAGCCAGAUACAUGCAGCUCGAUAUUAGACAAAAGGCAUUGAAGCUCACUGCCAACAGUAUGUACGGUUGUCUUGGUUUUACGUACUCUCGUUUCUAUGCCAAACCACUGGCUAUGCUGAUUACACACAAGGGUCGUGAAAUUCUUCAAAGCACUGUCGAUCUCGCUGGUAGCCUCGACAUGAAUGUCAUUUACGGUGAUACGGAUUCCAUCAUGGUGUAUACAAAUCAAAGCGAUCUCGAUGAAGUCAAGAAAAUGGGGCAUCUGCUGAGAAGAAGCGUCAACAACCACUACAAACUGCUGGAGAUCGGUAUUGAUGGCUACUUUAAGCACAUGCUGCUGCUAAAAAAGAAGAAGUAUGCUGCUCUUCUCGUGGAGGAAAAGCCAAAUGGCGAACUGGUAGAGACAGUAGAGACCAAGGGUCUUGAUCUGGUGCGUCGUGACUGGUGUGAUCUGUCGCAUGAUGUGUCUACGCAUGUGCUCGAUCUGAUCCUGUCUGAUAGAGAGCGUGAAGAUGUGGUGACUGAGAUCCAUGCAUACUUGGAAGUCGUCGCUGAGCAGAUUCGUCAAGGCGAUAUCCCGUUGGAAAAGUACGUCAUUAACAAGCAAUUGACCAAGAGGCCACAAGACUACGCUGAUGCCAAGAGUCAGCCUCACGUUCAAGUUGCUCUGCGUAUGCUUCAAGACGGCCAAAACGUCAAGAAUGGUGAUACUGUGCCCUAUGUGAUCUGUAAGGUGGAUGAUGAGACAAGCGGCGAUAAAAAGGGGUCAGCACUGAGAGCAUAUCAUCCUGAUACUGUCAUCAAGAACAGUAUGCAGCUCGACAUUGAAUGGUACCUUCAUCAACAAGUGCAUCCUCCACUCACCCGUCUAUGUUCACCUAUCGAAGGUACCGACCCCACGCUUUUGGCACAAUGUCUUGGUCUGGACACAAGACGAUUCCAUUUCAUCAGUCAUAACAGCGGCAAUAAUGAUGAUGAUUCUGAAUUUGCUACAUUGGACUCUCAAAUCAGCGACCAAGAAAGAUUCAGAUACUCUGAAAAGCUUGAACUCAAGUGCAAUUACUGUGGACAAGAGACUCUGUAUGAAGGCGUUGUGCGCACACUCGAAGAUGGCAAGGUGGAGUGCGGAUUUGAUUGCUCAAAGUGUCAUUUGAUGAUUACCAGUGCCAGCAUCAAGGUGCAGCUCAUGCUGGCUGUGCGAAAAUACAUUCAACGCUACUACGACAAUUGGUAUGUCUGUGAUGACAUUACGUGUGGCAACCGUACCAGAACAUUGUCCGUGUUUGGCCGUCGUUGCCUUAUUGAUGGCUGUCGAGGAAGUAUGAAGAGAGAGUACACUGAUAAGCAAAUGUAUACCCAGCUUUUGUACUUGUCUUCGUUAUUCGACCCCUCAAAAGCCAAGAACAGAAUUGCCAAUGACUCAAUCCAAGCAGAAUCAUUGAUCCACAAGCACUAUCAGGUGUUGCUAUCCACACAAUCUAUAGUGGAAGGCUAUCUGGAGCGUUCUGGCUAUCGUCAUGUUGAUCUUUCCAAAUUAUUAUCACAAAUUGCCAUUUAG